CCCGGAUCACCUGAAGAAGAAAUAUGUAGUGCCGUUCAGUUCCAUGAAUAACGGAAAGGGCAAAAAUGUAGUGACUAGCAGCAGCGGCGCUAACCUUCUUGCCGACGUGCCAGAAAUUUUAGACUAUAGAGAAAAAGGAAUUGUGCAUGAACCCAAGGACCAAGGGCUAUGCGGCUCGUGCUGGGCCUUUGCCAGUGUAGGAAAUGUUGAAUGCAUGUACGCCAAGGAGCAUAACAAGACCAUUUUAACUUUGAGUGAGCAAGAAGUUGUAGAUUGUUCUAAGCUAAAUUUCGGAUGUGAUGGAGGACACCCAUUUUAUUCUUUCAUUUAUGCCAUCGAAAAUGGAAUUUGCAUGGGGGACGACUAUAAAUAUAAAGCGAUGGAUAAUUUAUUUUGCCUAAACUAUAGAUGUAAGAAUAAAGUUACUCUCUCCUCUGUUGGUGGGGUGAAAGAAAACGAAUUGAUACGUGCUCUAAAUGAAGUAGGUCCUGUGUCCGUCAAUGUCGGGGUAACGGACGAUUUCUCCUUUUACGGCGGAGGAAUAUUCAAUGGCACUUGCACAGAAGAAUUAAACCACUCCGUUCUUCUUGUUGGCUAUGGCCAAGUGCAGAGCAGCAAAAUAUUUCAAGAAAAGAACGCUUAUGAUGAUGCCUCUGGAGUUACGAAGAAGGGAGCGCUAUCAUACCCAUCAAAGGCCGAUGAUGGUAUUCAGUACUAUUGGAUUAUUAAAAAUUCGUGGAGCAAAUUUUGGGGAGAAAACGGAUUUAUGAGAAUUAGUCGAAAUAAGGAGGGAGAUAACGUGUUUUGCGGAAUCGGUGUCGAAGUUUUCUACCCCAUUUUGAAGGGUCAAGACAAUUCUGCAGAUAUCCAGCACAGUGGCGGCCGCUCGAGUCUAGAGGGCCCGCGGUUCGAAGGUAAGCCUAUCCCUAACCCUCUCCUCGGUCUCGAUUCUACGCGUACCGGUCAUCAUCACCAUCACCAUUGA